AAAAAUAUUAGUGUGCGAUGUUGUCAAUGUACGGAGUGUCUUGUAGUCGCCGGGGAGAGUAGACUAGUCCACGGAGAGUAUACCAGUCCACGGAGAGUAGACUAGUCCACGGAGAGUAGACCAGCCGGGGAGAGUAGACUAGUCCACGGAGAGUAGACCAGCCGGGGAGAGUAGAGAUAAUCUACCAGCUCCAACAUGAGGACUCGCACCUCACCUCUUCUGCUCCAGGGAUGGAGGAUUCUACGACCAGGAGGUACUCGCUUCCAGCAUGCCUCUGCAUCUUGUCGUCCCAUCAGCAAACUACUCAUAGCCAAUCGUGGAGAGAUUGCUUGUCGAGUGGUGCGCACGGCUCGCAAAAUGGGCAUGCGGACAGUGGCAGUUUAUUCAGAACCUGACAAAAACUCCAUGCAUGUGACUUUGGCAGAUGAAGCGUUUCAUAUAGGCAGUGCAGCAUCCCAGGAAUCAUAUCUCCGUGGAGACAAAAUCCUUGAUGUGGUGAGACGAAGUGGUGCUCAGGCAGUGCACCCAGGCUAUGGGUUUCUUUCUGAGAAUGUGGAGUUUGCAGAGCAAUGUGCACAGGAAGGUAUAAUAUUUGUUGGUCCACCUGCUACUGCAAUCAGAGACAUGGGUAUUAAAAGUACAUCAAAGAUGAUUAUGUCGGAAGCAUCUGUACCAGUGAUCGGUGGGUACCAUGGAGCUAACCAAAGUGAUGGGCAUUUACGCCAGGAAGCUGAAAAGAUUGGAUUUCCAGUUAUGAUCAAGGCUGUGCGUGGGGGUGGUGGCAAGGGAAUGCGCAUUGCCAUGAAACCAGAAGAAUUUGAAGCACAACUUGAAUCGGCAAGAAGAGAAGCAAUUAAAUCUUUUGGUGAUGAUGUCAUGCUAAUUGAAAAGUUUGUACAACGACCACGACAUGUAGAGGUUCAGGUUUUCGGUGAUCAUCAUGGUAACUAUGUUUACCUGUUUGAAAGGGAUUGUUCAGUUCAGCGCCGCCACCAGAAAAUUAUAGAAGAAGCCCCAGCUCCUGGUUUGACGUGGGAUAUUCGACGCUCAAUUGGGGAGGCUGCUGUCCGUGCAGCUCGUGCUGUUGGGUAUGUUGGUGCUGGCACUGUGGAAUUUAUCCUGGACUCAUCGCAUAACUUCUACUUCAUGGAGAUGAACACCCGUCUGCAAGUGGAACACCCAAUCUCCGAGAUGAUCACCAACACUGACCUGGUGGAGUGGCAGCUCAGAGUUGCAGCUGGGGAACCCUUGCCUCUAUUACAGGAUGAGAUUAAGCUUUCAGGACAUAGCUUUGAAGCCAGGAUAUAUGCUGAGGAUCCUAAAGGUGAUUUUCUGCCUGGGGCUGGCCCACUGAAGCACCUGUCCACACCACUUCCCAGUCAGCAUGUGAGGAUAGAUACCGGUGUGAGAGAGGGGGACGAGGUGUCGGUGCAUUAUGACCCGAUGAUAGCUAAGCUGGUGGUAUGGGGCCAUGACAGGGCUCAUGCACUCAACUCUCUUACUGCGUGUCUUGCUCACUACAAUAUUGUUGGUCUGAACACCAAUGUCAAUUUCCUUAUGAGCCUGGCAUCACAUCCAAGUUUUGUAGCAGGUGAUGUCAGCACUGACUUCAUUCCUGAUCACUAUAACGAGUUGUUCCCAGACAAGAAGCCAUCACAGCAGCUGUUUUGUCAGACUGCACUGGCUCUAAUACUGGAGGAGGAGCAGGAAGGAGUGCGUGCUAUAGCUGCCUCACAAGACCCUACCUCACCUUUCAACCCUCGAACAAUACCGAGGAUCAAUCACGUUUUUUCUCGUACCAUAAAUCUCAAAUGUGAAAAUGCAGAUGAAAGUGUCCAAGUUGAAUAUUUGGGGUCUGGAAAAUACCACAUGACAGUAAAUGGAACAAGUUUUGAUGUGAAGGGAUCCCUUGUGUGCAAUAACAAUGUUCGCCAGUUGACGGCAUAUAUUGAUGGAUGUGUAUCCCGUUCUCACAUUGUAUUGGAGGAUAGAGAUAUUCAUGUCUUCACACAGAAUGGUGGAUGGAGAUUGUCUGUUCCAGCUCCUAAGUUUGAAAUGGAGAUUGGAAAGGCUGCUGGUGUGACUGGUGGAGCAGUUGCCCCAAUGCCAGGGGUGGUUGAGAAGGUGUUCGUCACCCCAGGACAGACUGUAGAGGCAGGCGACCCUCUGGUCGUCAUAAUAGCUAUGAAAAUGGAGUAUGUGAUCAAGGCCGCCAGCCCGGGUGUGGUGGAGAAAGUCCUCUUCAGUCAAGGUGAUAAUGUGGCUAAGAAUACACCUCUUGUCAAGAUGAAAGAAACUGCAGAGAACUGAGUCCUUCAUUUUGACUAAAAAUCAGCAUCCUGUCAUAGUUACCCAAUUUCUUAAUGCCAAAUUGUUCAAUCAAAAUUGUUAAAUUCUUUUUAAAUAAAAAAGAUGAAGCAUCAGCAGGAUGCAGUCACAAAAUUUCGAUGAGAUGCAAGCAGUUUGACAAGAUUUUAUUGUACACUAAUGGGAAUGACAAGUGUCAAUAAGUAUAUAGGUGUGGCUUACACUAACUAAUUUGAUUUCUUAAUACCCUGAUCAUCCUACACUUUAUCAUAUUCCAGGUUGUAAUAGUGUUGUACAAAUAUGUAGUGAGAAUAAUUUGACCAAAUCACAACAGUAAAGUACAGUAUCAUGCUUGUGUUCCUUUGAGUUGCCCCCAACUUUGAUAUUAUUAAAACAACCAUAAUUUUUUAGAAGGUUGUAAAUGUGCAUCAUAGGUGUUGGAAGUCUUAUUAGUUGUUUAACAUGUAAAUAAGUACAUUAAUUGUUAGUAUUAGUGAUACAAGUUGUAAUUUUACCAACUUAGUCAAUAAUGGUAUAAAAUACAUGCAACAUAGAUGUGGCAUUAUUCAAAUAAUUUAUCUAACAAAUUCUUUGGAAACAAAUUUAGAAAUUUGCUCCCCUCCUCUCCCCGGGUUUGUUAUAUAUAACAAACAAUUUAAGCUCAUGAGAGUGGAACUUAUCAAGUCAAAUUUGUUUAGUUGUAAGGUAGAACAUUGAAGUCUGCAGUGUUGUGGGCUGGUUUUCAUAAAGUAACAUUCUCACAAGACAAAAGUUAUCAGAUGUAUAAAUAGCUGUCAUAGUGUGUGUGUGUGUGUGUGUAGAUUGUAAUUAGUAUUGGCAAUGUGAAGAUAGACUAUGUAUAUAUAUAUAUAUGUAUAUAUAUACAGUAAUGAAAA